GGGCGCGGCCUCCCUCGGUCCCCGCCCCGCUCUCGGUCCCUCCCAGAGCCGCUCGGGAUGUUCCGAGCGACUGCGAUGAAGAGCUCGAAGCCGAGCUUCAGGAGCUACCUGCCGGCCGAGGAGGGCUCCUUCCCGAGCCGGGCCGAGGUGAGCCGGGUGUGCGAGGCCGCGCUGCUACCGGGGGAACUUGUGGUGAGCGAGACCAGCAAUGUCAGAAAAUGCAUUGCUACAGACACAAGUGCGCAUGAUCUCUAUGGAACCCUACUCUGCACCAACUUCAAGAUCUCUUUUAUUACAAAGGAUGUGACACCUUUUCGGAAAUUUCAGUACAGAAACCUGCUGUUGGAGGAACACGACAUCUCCCUGACCUGUGUGGAGCAGGUUGUGGCAGUGAACGAUGCGAAGAAGAAGAGGAAGGUUCUGGGACCCAACCAGCACCUGAAGUUUAAACCCACAGAACUGAUCAUUUAUUGUAAGGAUUUCCGCAUUAUUCGAUUCCGCUUCGAUGAGUCUGAUCCAGAAUCUGCCAGAAAGAUCUGCCUCGUGAUUGCACAUUACUCACAGCCUAAAGAUCUCCAGCUGCUGUUUGGGUUUGCAUAUGCCAGGGAGCAGUGCCAGAAUUCAGUUGGCAGAGUGAAUGGAGCAGACUCCAGUUGGCAGACACCACUGUUUGAAACCUACGCAGACUGGGACAGGGAGAUAAAGCGAACUGGGGCUUCGGAGUGGAGAGUCUCGUCUGUCAACGAGCACUACACCACUUCCACCAGCCUUCCAGAAUACUUUGUUGUUCCAUCAUCCUUGGCAGACGAAGACUUGAAGCAACUGGCUCCUUCUUUCAACGGUGCACGGAUCCCAAUGUGGUGCUGGCAUCAUUGGACAGGCAGCGCCCUGGUGCGUAUGGCCAAUAUUAAACCCGGGAUACAGCUGAGAAAACAUGAUAGAAGGAUCCUUAAGGCGAUCGCACAGAGUCAUCCGGAGAAGAGCGAGGUCUUUAAAUCUGACCUAGAUAAAAGUUUACCAAAAGUAUCGGAAGUGCAGGCAGCACUGGUCAGACUAAAGCAGCUGUGUAUUAAUGAUUCAUUUGAAGAAACUGAUGAGAAGUGGCUGUCCUUGUUGGAGAACACUCGGUGGUUGGAGUAUGUCAGACUGUUCCUGAAGCACUCAGCAGAGCUCACACAGUGGAUGUACAGCAAGAAUAUUUCUGUCAUCCUUCAAGAGGAGGAGGGACGAGACCUGAGCUGUGUGAUUGCCUCCAUCAUGCAGCUGAUGCUGGAUCCUCACUUCCGCUCCACCCUAGGAUUUCAGAGUCUGAUCCAGAAGGAGUGGGUUGCAGCUGGUUACCGUUUCCUGGACCGAUGUAACCAUCUCCAUGAGUCAGAGAAGGAUGAGUGUCCUCUGUUCCUGCUCUUCCUGGAUUGUGUGUGGCAGUUACUGCAGCAGUUCCCAGCUGCCUUUGAGUUCACUGAGACCUAUCUGACUGUCUUAUAUGACAGCUCAAGGAUAUCCCUGUUUGGCACCUUCCUUUUCAACAGCCAACACCAACGGGUGCAACAGAGCCAGGAUUUUGCUACUAAUGGGAACCUUCAGUGCGAAGGGAAGUGUCUGGAGCUUCCUUCUGUGUGGAACUGGUCACUGCAGUUCACAGCCAAGGAUCUGACGCUCUUCAAUAACCCUCUGUACAUUGGCAAAAGUGUGAGCUGCGUGCAGAAUGGGACAAUCAAAUCCUUCAAAAGAGCAAAGAAAAAUUCCUCAUCCUCCAUCUACUCCGUGUACACCAUGAAGAAUGGGCGGCUCAGUGACCAGCCUGACUUCUUUCCGCGCAAGAACUCGACAAUACGAAGACCAAGCCUUGACUUGGCAGAGUUGAACGAGAGCCACGAUCGACACAUGGAGCGCUACUUCAGGGACUGGCUCUCAAAGCCCUUGGACCUACAUGGACUAAUCUUGCCGUACCUCAGCAACCCACAUACCCAGCUCUGGAGGCAGUGCUAUUUGCGCUGGAUUCCUGAGGCCCAGAUCACGAAUGGAGGGUUCAUCAGUGCAUUUCACCAGAUCUCGUUACUGGCUAAUGACAUAGAAAAACUGCAACAGCGUCUCCGUCAGUACCAAGGUGACCCCCUGCUGUCGGGCUCACCACAGCUCAGCAAGCGCAGGAUGUAUUUCCGGGCUGAGGAUUUCACCGACACUCCCGGGAUGCCUGACUAUUUCUCCUCAUCCUUUCCCUUCUCUCCCAUUGGGAAUCUCUGUCGACGGAGCAUUCUGGGAACACCACUAAGCAAAUUCCUGCUAACUGGUGCCAAAAUGUGGCCUUCCACAGAAACUCUGGCCAAUGAAGACUGAGGAUCCAAGGGUGAUGGACACUAAGAACUGAUGUCCCACCAAAGGCCAAAAGCUAAAUCUAAUCAGACUGAGACUGACGUGUAAUGAACAUGCAUGAAGAUAAUUAACUUAGAGAUUUGCACAGGUAUUUUUAAGAGGAAAGGGAUGAGGGAGAAACCACUUACUGUAAAGAUAUGACAUCUCCCAGGGUUUUGUAAACACAUCUGCUGAAGCAACCCUGUCUUUCCUCUAAGCACAAUUGCAAGCAUAAGCUGCCAGGAUUGCCUCCUUUAAGUCUGACAUCCUAGUGUGAGAUAUUGGGUGAUACAGUGGGUUAAGCACUAGGUUUAACUCUGGGCCCAGUCUAACAGGUUGGAAGUCUGCCUGCUGUAUGACCCUGGCUGGAAUUAGUUUCUCAACAGCAGAAAUCUUGCACUAAUUGUUAUCUCACUGGGUGGCUGAAAUGCAAAGCAUUCUGCAGCACUAAUACCCUCUCCUUAAUGGCCAAGUGUGCCUGUAGAGUUUACAUAAAUUUUUAAAAAAGCUAUUCCUGUAUAAAUUAUUUCUGUACAUUGAAAGAGGGACAAUUUCUGAUCAGGUUGAAUUCCAGCAGCUCUGUGUUGAGAUUGUCUGUGGUGGCCCCUGAACCUCCACAGCCUGGAGACACAGGCUCUGCAUUUGGGAUUAUAGAGAGUGGAGGAAUGUUCACCUCGACAUUACUGUAGCCAGAAGUGCCUCUCACAGUUUCAUCUCUCAGCAGCUCAUGAUACAUCACAGUGCGUACUGGCACGUUAACAUCAGCUAACGAGUGGUACCUCAAAUACUGAACAUUGACCAUUUAACAUCAAAGCUUAAGCACUCGGUCCAUUGUUCUCACUGCCCUACGUACUCUGAUAUAACACAGUCCCCGGAGGUGCUGACUCUCCCCGGGGUAUGGUCCCCGGAGGUGCUGACUCUCCCUGGGGUAUGGUCCCCGGAGGUACUGACUCUCCCCGGGGUACGGCCCCUGAAGUUGCUGACUCCUCACACCUAUAAUUAUUUGAAGCUUGACUUGUGAAACUUUAAGUGCCUGACUUUUGUAAUUCUGGAGUGUGACCAGCUCUGACUGUUGUAAACACACUCCUGAUGAUGGUUGAUGUAAUUUUUCCUGUGUUGCAUUGUAACAAUGUGAGUGGGAAGGCUGCUCCCAGCUAUGCAACUCUUUAACUGACCACUGAAAUAAUUCCUGUGUGAGUGGCUAAACUUAGGACCUCACACAGGGAGUUGGUAUCUUAAACUAGGUUUUAAAGCUGUCUCCUUUUUAAGUUAAAGCAGUGAGAUCAGCCCGACCUUUGUGCUGAGAAUAAUCCGGCUGCUUUUCCACAAAAUGAGCAUUGUUUAACUUUAUUGACACAGGAGGUUCUUUUGCAUUGUCUGGUCAUCCCUGGCAGCACACUGAGAGCAGUUUAGGAUUAAUGGCAGUCUGCAUUUAGUUAUCCUCAGUGGAGUCAAGGUGGAAACAUGCACCUAGAAUCAUGAGUGGGAAGGCUGUGGAGUUCGAGGUGAAGCAACUGUGAGGAAGGAUCCAGAAGCUCAGCUUGUAUCACUGAGCUGUUGGCUCCGCAUGUCUCCAGUAUGGUAUGAAUCCUGGAUUGCACAGAUUCCCAUUGACUGCUCACUAGCUGAAAUCGCACAAAUAUUUAUUUAAUUCCUUGGGUUUUGCCUUAAAUGCAGCAGUAUUGGGUACUAAAAGCUGCUUAGAUCUGGAGAAAGGAAAGCAAUUAAUUGGGAAAUCUCAUGUUCAUUAAAUGCAGCAUUUACAAAGCAGGUCAGUCAGCCUCUGAAAGGUUGACACUAUGUUUGGCUCUGGGCAGGAGUCAAAGAUUGGAGUCCUGACCCAAACAUUAACUAGGUUUUUCUCUUUCAAAUGCUGGUGAUCUGCUGUUUACCAGAAUUUGCACUUUAUCCUUACUAAUUGGGUCCAUUUUACCAGCUUUUAACCCUUGAAUAAGCAAGAACAUUGUUGGAAUGUGACUUUGUGCUCUGAUAAUUGCUGUGGUCUUUUUUUAUAAUCCUCCAUACCCUCACGAGAAGCUGUAGGUGACUGGAAGCCCCAGCGAGCUUGUGUGGAAGAUGGAUUCUCCUCCAGAUAUUCUCGCUGUGGGAUCCAUGUUCUGAAAAUUUGAAACAAGCUCAGCUUAAGUGGAGAGCAUGGUGAAUUUGGGUCUGCCCACUCUUUGCCAAACAACAGCAAAAAUCACCAAAAAUUGUGUUGAACUCUGAUCAGUCUCCAGCACUGUAAGGAACUGGUUUUUGUCUUAGUUAUGACUUUAGUUUAAGUGUUUCCACCAGACUGUAGGAAAUAGCUCUGCCUUUAAGUUAAAUCACUCUGAGCACAGUGUUCAUCUGCAGCUUUGCCAAUCCUGUCUUGUGUCUCUGAUAAGUCUCCUUCCACUGAUUUAUUUGCAGACAGUUUGUUCAGUGUUAUUUAUGGUGCACGUGGGGAUAUAUUAUUUAAGGUACACAAAGCAAUUGUAUCCUCAUCCUGUAACAGUCCUUGAGAUAAAAUCUCCAGCAAGAUCUAUUCUGGAAAAGUCACUCUGAGAGACACAGUUGCCUUUAGCCAGAAGAGUUCCCAUAGUAAUUUUUUAAAAACAAAACUACCAUGAACUUAUGAAUAGGGAAUGUGUAUAACGUGUCUCUGCAAGAAGCAGAAGUCUGUUCAUUAUGAAAUCCACUUGCUUCGAUCAAUUAUUGCAGCAUUUCAAAUUCUAUAACUUGACUCUUAGACACAGGGGAACUAUUCGUAAAUAUCUGGACCAUUUGCAGAAGCUCAGAUGCAAAGAACCAGGAACUGUGCAAACCCUUGGGCAGUAGCGUGACUGAUCAAUUUAAACGCUGCUGCAGUUUAGACACAUUAACUCCAGUACAGAAUCUGCAGAUUUCCCCAUCCUGACCAGUACAUGAAAUAUCCCUGGUAGAUUUUGUCAGUUUGUACUUCUGUUUGCUUGUUUAUUUCUGCAUUCUGCUAUUUAUUCAAUGCCUGCUUUUAUUUAAUUACAGGUUUAGCAGGUGUUUCUCUGAGUGGAUAUGGAAAGGGAGGGUGCCUUUUGGCUGUUGCAUUGUAUGUAUCACAAAGUCUUUCCAUCGUGUUUAUCACUUCAUCCAGUGUGCCUUAAGUGAAGCAAUAAAUAUAUUGGUGU